UAAAGGUUUAUUUUUCAGGUUUUGAAGUCUGAUGUCGAUGAUUAUUUCAAUUUCUAUUAAAAAGUUACUCAAUGUCAACUCAGAUCCAUUGUAAUUUUUUGAAUUCAUAGUGUUGUCAAUCAUUGAAAUAAAGGACAAUGAGGAGAGAAUUUCAAGUAAGAAAUGAUAUUAUAUUAAAGAAAAGAAGUUGAGAUAGAAUCUCCAUGGUAACAAUUAAAAAUUUUAAAAAUCAUUCAUGAUGAGUUGAUGAAAUUGAUCCCUUGUAGUAAUGCUUAAAUAUUACAACACCUAAAUAACUCACUUUCACACAUUAUCAACACACUCUUAUCCAAACUAAAACAAUCCUUUAUUAUCCUUGAUUUAUUGCCUAUUACAAAGAUGAUCACUUUAUUGUUAUUCAAUUGAUGAAAUGAUAACAAUUAAAAUUCUGUGUAUAUUCAUUUGAAGAAGAUUCAUACUAUUAAAUUUUAUUUAGUUAAAUUGUAAAAUUUUAAUUAAGUUUAUCAAAG